UACUUUUGAGUUUUCCGGUUUCAGCGCAAACAUGGACUCUAAACCAAACCGUUACUCUUAACAGCCGCGUCAACACAAAGUCGCUAAAUUUUUCCUUUUUUUUAUUUUUAUUUUUAUAUUUUCUUUUCACAAAAAACGCGAACGAAACCUCUUUUGGUUUGAAAACUUGUUCUUGUUAACAUAGAGAGAGAUGGGUAGUGAUGCAAUGAGAAGCAAAGAGUACUGUGCGCUGAAGGAUUUUGAAUUGAAUUUUAAUCAAUAUGAUGAAAAUUUCUCUUUCUGCUUUUGGAUUUAUUUGAUGAAUUCUACUACAUUUCCUGCUAUCAUUCUUCAUCAGAUUCACUCUGACAUUUCUGAAAGUGGUCCUUUUCUCGUUAUUAACGAUAAUAAGAGAAUCAAUGUUUUACCAAUUCUUUACUUACACCAAGAAGCUCCGGUUACUUGGACCGGUCCUUGGACAGAAGUUCCGCAUGUUACUGUUGAUUUUGAAUUUCCUUUGGAAAAAUGGGUUCAUGUUGGAUGUGAGGUUUGUCCAGAUUAUAUUCGGCUUCAAAUUAAUGGGGACAUUGUCGGUGAAAAGUCACUGUCGGAAUCCAAUUCAAGAAAUUUGAAGGAAUUACAUUUGGCGAAUCGUUGUGGAGACAUAAGUGGUGUGCAGGGUUAUGUCCACAAUUAUGAAGGAUUCCAUACUGUUUCUUCUAUCAAAGAUCAUCAUUUAAAGGACCCGCCUUUGAAGUUAUCAAUAGAUGAAUCAUCUGUCUCUGAGGUUGAGGUGGAAAGUGAUGGUGUUUGGGGCAUUGUUGGUGGCAAAGCAUCUUGUCGCAGGAAUUUCUCAUUAGACGUUGUUUUAUCAGAUGCAUUUGGACAACCUGUAGAUAAGGGGGAUGAGGUUUUUGCUUCUCUUGUGUAUGCUGACACGGGGGCUCCAGUGGAGAAGACAAGUUAUGACGAAGCACCCCUAUUGUGUAGCUGUGAUGGAAUUGAAUUUUCUUCUUCGGAAAGACCUAGCAAGUUUUUGUUGGGUCGUGCAUCAUUUAAGCUCAGGAUAUCUCAGCUUUCAUCCAAGUGUGAUAACAGGUUGUUCCUCAUCAGAUUUUGUGUUCCAAAACUUGGCAAUUAUCCUUUCCUUCAGACAAACACCCGUCCAAUUCGAUGCAUCUCCAGGAGCCGUAACACAAAAUUAUCCACUUUGGUGUGGAAAAAGUCAACCUAUGCUCUCCAAAGACUAAAUUUGUCACAAUCUUCAGCAAUUGGUGAUGUGUCAUUGGAACAUGUGAAUUCUGGUCAUGUAGAAAAAACCAAUCCACUGAUGAAGCGGUUUAGAGUUGGAUUUGACAAGAUAUCUGUAUCAGUUAAGGCUGACACCCCCACCUCAAAGCAAUCUGGUGUCGAAUGUAAUUCUCAUGUAUGGCCUGCUAAUCAGGUUGAUAAGGGGUUUCCGACAAGCUUGGAUGGAAGAUCUCUUAAUGUUGAAUCAGAUGACGCUCCAUCUGAAUCAUCAGAGAGUAUAGGGGAGAGAAGUCCACCUUCAAACAGUAUGGAAUGUAGAAGAUAUCCAAUAUCUGAUAUGACCAUUUUCAAAUACUGCCUGGCAGGCUUGGCUGAGAGAUCUCAGAUGCUUAAAGAAAUUGCCACAUCUGCUUCUGACAAGGAAAUUUCAGAGUUGGCUCAUCAUGUUUCACACUAUUCGGGAUGUUCCCACCUUGGAAACCAAAUAUUAAUUGCAAAGAGAUUGAUAGAGGAUGGAACUAAUCUUUGGUUGGCAAUGUCUCCAAGCAAUCACCCUGUUCCUUGGGAGAGUGCAGCGUAUGAGAUUGAAGAACAAUUCAUGAAGAUUGCUUCUUGUGGGUCAAGAUCUCUCUCUCAUCAGGACUUUGAGAUUCUAAGAAGGAUUGCUGGAUGUCAAGAGUAUUUAACACAAGAAAACUUUGAGAAGUUGUGGUGCUGGUUGUACCCUGUAGCUUGUGUAAUAUCCAGGGACUGGAUAAAUCCUAUCUGGGAUUCCAUUUCACCUAAAUGGAUUGAAGGAUUCAUCACCAAGGAGGAAGCAGAAGCCUCACUUCAAGGUCCGACAGGAUUUCAAGAACCUGGUACUUUUAUACUUCGGUUCCCCACCUCAAGAAGCUGGCCCCACCCAGAUGCUGGUAGCCUAAUUGUUACUUAUGUUGGUAAUGACUACAAACUGCGCCACAGACUAAUUUCAACGGAUCAUUUAUAUGGGUAAUCAAGUGUUUAGGUAACGACGAACAAUAUGUAGGUAAUCAAGUGUUUAGGUCGAGAUGUUCUUUAGGUGAAAAAUUGUUAUUGUCCCGUUUUUGGUCUAGAUAGAACAUCAAAAUGAUGGUGAUCAACAUCAAUAAUAACAACCAAAUCCCUUUUCCACUAGGUAGUGUAGCUACAUUUGAUCAAAUGAUCCCAUAAUGUCUUGCUAUAUACAUAUGAUUUAAGUUCGUUGAUAAACAUUCAACUCCAAAUCUUUCUUAAGAGUUUGGCCUAUAGAUUUUAGUCUUCUGUUUCUAAUACUGGACUGUUCAUUCUACUUUUGUUCAAUGUUUUUAUGGGUCUUCUGCAUACAAACAACCUAGGACCAAACUAUUGGCAAUAAAGAAUGGGAGGGAUCGUAAGGAUAAAGUUCUUUAACACUUGGUUGUAAAUGUAUUGACUAUAUCUGAAGCUGUGAAAAAAAGUAAAUGACUACGGAUUGGAUUGGAUCAAUGCUCCUUACAGGAGUGGUGAAAUUGACAGAGGAAUGGAAAAAGAAGACAACCAAAGGGAAGGAUCAACUCCUACACUCUACCUCACCCAAAGUCCCGUUAACUAAUUUUCUGAUCUAUUUUCUGUUCUCCGACCCGUUCUUUUUUAUUCAGUCUUCUGACUUUCAUUUCUUAAUAUUAGAAUCUUCUCUGCUACUCACUCUUUGAUUUUGUAAAGUUGAAUUAGAUUUAAAGUGUACUGAAUGUAAAAUAACUUGUUUGGGUACUUUCACAUAAAAUGGAGUUGAACAAUAGUUUUUAAACCGAAAAAUUAUGUUUGGAGCCAAAAACUCUAAACCUUAACUUCUAAUUAGAAUUAGAAUUGAUUAGAGGUAAAAACUUUGUACUUGUUAACACUUAAACACACUUAAAUUUUAUUGACACUAUUGGCAUCUAUUUGCGAUGCAUUGAACAAAAUGUAAACAUUUAGUUCUAUAAAUUAUUUUUUCAGCAGACUCAUACUGCAUUUAUGUAUUGACACAAUUC